UUUCGAACAAAGUCAAGCUCAAAGUUCUAUAGCACCACUAUCACAAGCUCCAGCUCAAGUUCUAGCUCAAAGAUCUAUAGCACCACUGCUACAAGUUCUAGCUCAAGUUCUAGCUCAAAGAUCCAUGACACCACUGCCACAAGUUCUAGCCCAAAGUUACAGCUCAAGUUCCAGCUUAAAGAUCUAUAGUACCACCACCACAAGUUCUAGCUCAAAGAUCCAUAGCUAG